AGCAGCAGAAGAAGAAGAAGCAGGAAGUGUUUUCCUUCUUCACUUCCCCGUUCUGUCCGCGACCGCGACCUCCGGAAUUAUCAUCGCGUUCCUGCGUCUGGAGCGUGUUCAUCUCGAGUCUCCACCAUUCCACGCUUUUUCCUGCGCGGUUUCACAGGACAGCCCGUGUUUUGCCGGAAGUACUGCGCGACUGCACCGAGCGGACUCUGCACCAUGGCCGCCUACAAGCUGGUGUUGAUCCGGCACGGAGAAAGUUGCUGGAAUCAGGAGAACCGCUUCUGCGGCUGGUUCGACGCCGACCUCAGCGACACCGGCACCCAGGAGGCCAAGAAAGGCGGCCAGGCGCUGAAAGACGCAGGUUAUGAGUUCGAUGUGUGCUACACGUCUGUGCUGAAGCGGGCCAUCAGGACGCUGUGGUUGGUGCUGGAGGGCAUCGAUCAGAUGUGGCUUCCUGUGCAUCGCACCUGGCGUCUGAACGAGCGCCACUACGGCGGCCUGACUGGGUUGAACAAGGCCGAGACGGCGGCCAAGCACGGAGAGGAGCAGGUGAAGAUCUGGAGGCGCUCGUACGACGUCCCGCCACCUCCCAUGGAGCCCGAGCACGACUUCUACUCCAGCAUCAGCCAGGACCGUCGCUAUGCCGACCUGACUGAGGACCAGCUGCCGUCGUGCGAGAGCCUGAAGGACACGAUCGCCCGCGCUCUGCCCUUCUGGAACGAUGAGAUCGCCCCGCAGAUCAAAGAGGGCAAGAGAGUGCUCAUCGCCGCCCACGGCAACAGUCUCCGGGGCAUCGUCAAGCACCUGGAGGGUAUGUCAGAGGAGGCCAUCAUGGAGCUGAACCUCCCCACAGGAAUCCCCAUCCUGUAUGAGCUGGACAAGAACCUGAAACCCGUUAAGCCCAUGCAGUUCCUCGGGGAUGAGGAGACCGUGCGCAAGGCCAUGGAGGCUGUGGCUGCUCAGGGCAAGGCCAAGAAAUAGAGAGAGAGAGAGAAGGAAGAAGAAGAAGAUGAUGAGGAAGUGGUGUGGGAAAUUAUGGGAGAGUGAGAUUUAUCAAACAUGUGUUUAGUCAUUAUGAUCCUUCCAGAAUGUGAUCUGGGUUCCACACAGCGCUCCGUGACUACCUUAUGAGAAAUUAUUUAAUCAGAAUCCAGAGCAAAUGUCAGAAAAUAUUCCUCAGCAGUAUUAAACGGUCGAAUCCCCGAGUGACCCGAGACGUCCCCGUGCAUUUAAAGCACUGCAUUUUCUGUGCGCUUCAAUAGAACUGACUCGGCUUUCUCGGUAGUGGAAGCUCUACGGCAACGGUAUCCAGGCAACGGCACUUAACGGACGACGGGGCAGCGGAUAAAUCCACUGUGUGUGUGUGUGUGUCCCUUUUGUAGAAAAGAAGCCGAAUACGCUGUGUUCCAAAUCGCACCGUGACUCACAAUGAACAUCGUACGCCCACAGCAUAGCACUUAAAAUACACACACACACACACACACACACACACAAUCAGAGCAUCUAUCGUUUUAUAGAAUCUCCCCUGGAGUUAAGUGUGAGGACCAAAAGUUAUCAUUCUUAACUUUUAGUAUUUUGAAGGGUGCUUUUGUCUCGGCUUUUGAAUUUGUGUGUGUGUGUGUGUGUGUGUGUUACAUGGUGUAAAUCCGAUUGUAUUUAAAUGUGAAUUAUUCUUUAUAAAUGCGCCAUCCCUAAGCGUAGGUGUUGUAUGACGAUGCUGGAUUUAUUUUUGCUUGCCUGAACGACUGAUGUCUGAUGUCUGAUGUCUGAUGUGAACCUACACUGGAGUUUGUGUGUGUAACGCUUAAUAAAUGCCUGGUGAAAAGAAA